UCAGUUGGUGCUAAGUCACAACAAGCUAACAAAAAGGAGCGAGAGGAGAGAGCGGGCUCACAGGCCACAUGAUCCGCUAACACACCCAACCACGGUAAUGAGAGAGAGAGAGAGAGAGAGAGAGAGAGGAAGAGAGAGGGCGAUGGAGCGAUAUCAGCUCGGCAAAGGUUGGGGUUUCUCGCUGCUCUCCAGUCUUUAGCCAGAUCCCUCUUAUUACCAUCCAUCUCUUUGACCAUUAAAGAGCACAGACUGUCAUGGGAGCACACCUUCCACAGGUUCUUUCUUUCUUUCUUUCUUUCUGCUUGACUUUCUGUCUUUCUUCCUGUCUGUCUGUCUGUCUGUCUGUCUGUCUGUCUGUCUGUCUCCUACAUUGUUUGCCUUUUUCACCAGGCUCUUGCCUUUACCUUUUCGACAUAUUGUGCAAACCACACAGACAGAUUUCCAUAAUCAAUAUCCCACACAUGUGCAAAACAUUUAUUAUUGCUUUGUAUUUAUAAAUGAAAAACUGAGAGGGAAGAGUUUGAUCAAUAGUGUGUGUUAUUAAUUGCUGGAAACUUCAGUAACUGUAUCUAUUUAUGUUUGUUUGUUUGUUUACAUUGGGCAAGAAUACAUUUGGUGUGUGUGUGUGUGUGUGUGUGUGUGUGUGUGUGUGUGUGUCCCGAAGUACUAACAUAUCUGCAUGUUUGUGCAUUUUUGUGUGUGUGAGAGAGAGAGAUCGUCAGAGAGGGAGAUUUGGGACACCAGCUUUGGGGACUUCACUCGCCUUACUCCGCAUUGAUUCCGAGCGCAUUUACAGUUCCGUUGUGACCACUAAAGAAAUGGCAUUGAUUUUUAUAAAUCCUGGAUGAAGUGCAGCGAUAGAGGAAGAGCUGUGCCCCCGAACGUUGCGGACCUGAAGAACCUGGAGGUGCUCAACAUGUUCAACAACCAGAUCGAGGAGCUUCCCACCCAGAUUAGCAGCCUGCAGAAGCUCAAGCACCUCAACCUGGGGAUGAACAGGUUGAGCACUCUGCCCCGUGGCUUUGGCUCUCUGCCAGCGCUGGAAGUGCUGGACAUCACCUACAACAACCUGAAUGAGUCCUCUCUGCCUGGGAACUUCUUCUACCUCACCACCCUGCGUGCACUCUAUCUAAGUGACAAUGACUUCGAGGUCCUGCCCGCCGACAUCGGCAAACUGGCCAAGCUGCAGAUUUUGAGUCUGAGGGAUAAUGACCUCAUCUCUCUCCCAAAAGAGAUUGGAGAUCUGGCCCAGCUCAAGGAGCUGCACAUCCAGGGCAACCGCCUCACAGUCCUGCCCCCUGAGCUGGGUAACCUGGACCUGACAGGACCCAAGCAGGUGUUCAAGGCGGAGAAUAACCCCUGGGUGACCCCCAUUGCUGACCAGUUCCAGCUGGGUGUGUCCCAUGUGUUUGAAUAUGUCCGCUCCGAGACCUACAAGUAUCUCUACGGCCGACACAUGCAGGCCAACCCAGAACCCCCCAAGAAGAACAACGACAAGACCAAGAAGAUCAGCCGCAAGCCGCUGGCCGCCAAGAACAAGUGAGGGGGACCGACGAAUGGCCAAGACGAACGCCGGAGCCUGUCCUCGCUGGACCUCACUGCAUGUGCCUUCCCCAUUAUUUUUUCUAUUUAUUUAUCCAACAAACACAGAGAAAAAAAACUACAUUUUGUACGGCUUGUAUGUGUUGUAUUAAUCAUGUUACACUUUAUUGUGUUUUUUUAACUGCCGCUCACUGUGUCACUCAAAGCUUCAAGCAGUCCUUUAUUUUUCAAAUGUCUGUAUAUUUACAAAAGAACCUUCUUAUUCAACCCCUAUUGUAACGAGUGGCCUUCAGCUGAAUGCAAGCAAUCGCAAGUCUAAACGUCUGUAAAUGAAGCCAAAGCAAUUUGUGCAGAGAUUAACCUCCACGCACCAUGAAACAAGUCCUGCAAUUCCUUAUGUUGCUGAUGCUGUAAAAGUUGAGCAAACUUUCGUUUUUCUGUUCCAAGAUCUUGUUUUGCUCUUGGAGGUGCUAAUUAUUUGGUAUCCAUUGCAUAUGCCACACAAGAGCAUCUCUCCUAGGCCUCUCUGGAGAGGUGGAGGGUAUUAUCUGAUUCCCCACCCCGGCCUGAUCCGAGCCCCACACAAACAAGGCCAUCAGAAAAGCCAUCUUCUCACUAGAGCAGUCUCCUCCAACACCACCACCACCGUCACUGCCUCCGUCUCGCCGCACCCGGGCUUUGCUCGGCAAGGCUGUUGCAUAAGCAGAGGGGGAUUUUGGUCGGGGUUUAGGGGAUCUUAACUCCGUCUGCGAAGAGGUUUUUGUGUGCAGUCUCCCAAGAGGGUGGGAGGUUUUUUUUGGGGAGGGGGGGGUUUGGAUAGGGCCGGGUUGGGGGGGGGCUUGCCUCCUGCCCAUUCCCCUGCUUGGUGUUGUCAGCCAUUACAGACAGAUCGGAAUGGUUUCGCUUGAUGGAAUGUUGAAAAUUGCUUGUUUUCUGCAUACUCCCAGCUCCACCGUUUUGUUUUGGAUGGCAGACAUGUUGCUCCAACAAUGGACUGGUCAUGUCCAUUGGCCAAGUUCAACAGAGGGGUAAGCCCUUCGGGACAUGGGUAUAGUCAUUAUAUUCUCGUUGGGCCACUACUUUCUGAAUGUGUCUGAGUUGAGACAACAGUAAGACUUUGUGUUUAUUCCAGACUUCAAAUGAUUUAAUCAGGUCAGGUUACACUUAUUUUACAAUAAAUAUUUGCCUUCUGAAAAGGGUCCGGAAACAUUUCAUCAACACUCUGAUGACCAAAUGUAAUCAUUUUUAACUCUGUGCCAUUGAACUUUGUGCCACCCACGUAUGUAUUUGUACAUGUCUACUUUUUAGCUGCCUUUCAAGUAAAGCAAUCAUUUUUGUGCAAUCCA